AAACUCACCAAUGGUAAUCCAGAAUUAAUCAUUCAAGGGGACGCCCAUUUUGUAGACGGUGGUUUUGUGGCACUCACCAACAGAACACCUCCAGCUACAACCACAGGACGUGCCUUAUAUAAAACACCUGUGACCCUUUGGAACGAUACUACUGGCCAAGUUGCCAGCUUUAACACUUCCUUUUCGUUCGUUGUAGAAUCCCCGGAGGAACAACCUUGUCCAACUGAUGGACUGAUCUUUUUCAUUGCACCCCUGGACACCGUGAUUCCCAAUAACUCAGACAGUAGAUAUCUAGGAGUAGUUGAUGGUAAAAAUGCAAUAAAUCGAUUUGUUGGUUUAGAGUUUGACCUUUAUCCCAAUUAUUUUGAUCCCUAUAUGAGACAUAUUGGAAUCGAUGUCAACUCUUUAAUUUCGCUCAAAACUGAGAAAUGGAAUUGGGUGAGUGAUUCAUUGACAAAAGUAACUAUAACAUAUGACUCUCCUUCUAACGAGUUGAGUGCUCUUGUCACUUACGAAAAUGGAGAAUACACUAGCAUUGCACAAGCGGUUGAUUUGAAAACUGUGCUUCCCAACAUUGUUAGGAUUGGUUUUUCUGCUACUUCAAAAACUGGUGUAGCACACAACAUUCAUUCAUGGUCAUUCGCAUCAGACUUGGAAACAACUAUAAGCAGUGUCUCAGACAUAUGAAUGAAUA